UGUUUACUAGGAAGCAGCUAGCAACGACCCAGCCAUGCAACCGUCUAUUUAAUCAUAUUUACGGCGCUUCCAACAGAGUAUUUUUUGUAUUUUUUAUAAAACAGUUAGAUAUGAAGGAUAAGAGGUUAUAUCGGGCUCUUUAGGAGAAGCUUACGUCAUCCUGUAGCUCCUUUAAGGGUUUUUAAAUAAAGACCCCUCACGAUCGGAGCGAUGCGGUCCUUAAACUACGUUCAACGAGUCAGUUUGGAUUUCACAGGAACUCUGUUCCCUCACGCGAUCUGUCUGGGGGACGCGGACAACGACUCGCUCAACGAGCUGGUGGUGGGCGACACCAACGGGAAGCUGCUGGUCUACAAGAACGACGACUCCAAACCCUGGGUCACGAGGACCUGCGUGGGCAUGCUGACUUGCGUCGCAGUCGGAGACGUCUGCAACAAAGGAAAGAACUUCGUGGUCGCCGUGGGCGCCGAGGGCUGGUUUCACCUCUUCGACUUGACAGCCGUCGCCGCCGCCAGCAAAGCGGAUUCCUCCAGCCAGCACGAGUUCACGUCCUCGGAGGACCAGAAGCCGCUCUUCACCCAACACAUCCCGGCCAACACCAAAGUCAUCCUCAUCAGCGACAUCGACGGCGACGGCCGCAGCGAGCUGGUGGUCGGCUACACGGACCGGGUGGUGCGAGCGUUCCGCUGGGAGGAGCCGGCCGACGGCGCCGAGCCCGGAUCCGGACAGCUGGUCCUGCUGAAGAAGUGGCUUCUGGAGGGCCAGGUGGACAGCCUGUCGGUGAACCCGGGUCCAGAGGGUCUUCCGGAGCUGAUGGUGUCUCAGCCCGGCUGUGGCUACGCCAUCCUGCUGUGUUCCUGGACUCAACAGGACUCCAGCGGCUCCGGAGAAGAAGCCCCGGCCACCCCCGGGAGCGAGGGGCCUUCCAGAGAUGUAGUUCUCCACCUGACCACCGGGCGGAUACACAACAAGAACGUUUCCACUCAUCUCAUCGGCAGCAUCAGCAAAGGCUCCAAAGAGGAAUCGUCUACAUGUGGCCUGUUUGCUCUCUGCACUCUAGACGGCACGCUGAAGUUGAUGGACAGCUCGGAGCAGCUGCUGUGGUCCGUGCAGGUGGACCAUCAGCUGUUUGCGCUGCAGAAGCUCGACGUUACCGGAGACGGCAGAGAGGAGGUGGUGGCGUGCGCCUGGGACGGUCAAACCUACAUCAUUGACCACAAUCGGACGGUCGUGCGCUUCCAGUUCGAUGAGAACGUCAACGCCUUCUGUGCAGGUGGAGCUGGAGCGCAUGGAGUCCACCAACAUGUUACGGGUCCUGGAGGAGAAGCCCGAGUUCAGCAGCCACCUGAAGGCGCUGGGAGUCGACACCGACGACCCGGCAGCAGUGAGAGCUCUGGUGACGAAUGUCCUCUACAAGGAUUCCCAGACUUAGCACACACACACACACACACACACACACACACACACACACACACACACACACACACACCCCUGACUGUAAAUACUGUUAAUAAACGCUGGUUGUCCGUCUCCUGUGCUGCUGCUCUCGUUAUUGACUAUUCAGGUCUGUAAUCUGCCGGCUGUGAUCUUUUCUGCUUUUCCUCUCAGAACCCGAUCGCUCCGGGUGGAUCGGCACGACGACGGCGGCGUUGCUUGGCUUGGCGGUCGGCCAUCCCAUAACCACCCGUAUGUACGGGCGCCCUCGUGCAAUAUAGAUGACCGCGCGUGUCGGCGUAAAGGGUAACCGAGGGCUCAGGUGUGCCUCUCAUCUCUCCUGAGGUUCUGCCCUUUAGAGGACGAGGUCCUGUGGGGGAACCGUGGUCCUGUGGGGGAACCGUCCCCCCACAGGACCACGUCCUCCUCGCUCCCAGAGCUCCCAGAGCUCCCAGAGCUCCCAGAGCUCUCAUAGCUCCCAGAGCUCCACAGGUGGAGUUGUUAAAUGCUGCCGUGUUUUGUUCGCCUUCACAAUUUAAAUCUCAAGUGAGCCGUUUUUUUACGUUUUUGUGUAUUUAAUUACUAAGUAGUGUAUACAAAAAUAUAAUAGGAGUACAAUACAAUAAAAUAUAGAAAAUGAACAUAAGGACACAAAAGGUAAAGUGACAGCGUACACUGAUGAUACAAUUAUAUAAUGGCACCUAGUGUGUAUUGGUAUAGAUAUGAGGUAUAAAUACACAAUAAGACAGAAUCUAUUAACAUAAUAUAGUAAAUGAUGAAAGAAUGAGAUAUGAAAUGUAUAAUGAGCUGAGAGGUAGUAAAUAUAAUGUCGAAAUACAUAUUUCUAACUAAUAUAACAGGAUGGAAUAGAACAGAAUCAUAUAUAAAUAUAGUUUAGUAUAAUAUAAUAAGUCCUCUACUGGUUUCCAGUGAUGGACCCUGUUGUGCAGCUUGGAUGCGUGUGUUAUUUGUGUUAUUUGUGUAUUAAUUUCUCCCUUCAUAAAAGGUUUCCAUGGAGCCAUAUUUCAAAUGGAAAGAUGUCAUAGCCCCAAUUACUUUGGUUCAU